AUGUUGGAGUUGCAAAAAUUCUUAUGUCAGGAAUUUUCUCUUGUGCAUGAGUAGAUUAUAGAUUUUGAACUGAGCUUUUUAAAUGGAGGAGAAAUAGAGAGUCUAGAAUGCUUAUUUAAUAAUGACAAGAUAAAGUUCACCUUUGAAUACACAAAUGAAGAGGAGAAAAACGAGAAGAUCGGUGGACUUAAGCCAACUCUUCUAAGAAGAAAACCAGUGUAGAUAACAUAAUAUAUGAGAAAUUCAGAUAAAAGUGACAUUAUUAGGCUUUAAGGUGGGAAAAGCACUGAUGGUGAAUCCUUAUCAAACAAAACUACACCCUUUCAGCAAACUUAAUAAAGAAAAAAUGAUUAAAAUAAGGAUAAAUAAAUUUUAAAUAUUGCUAGGAAGAAUAAUGCCAAUAAAAAUAGCCAAAUUAAGUAAAAUAAAAAUCAUAAGCAAAGAAGUCCUAACCUUGACCUGUACUAAGCAAUCUAUACCCACCUUAGAACUUCAUUAAUUAAGAAUAGUUCUAGAUAUCUGAUAAAUAAGCUGUGGGCUGUGCAAUUGGGAUUUUAAGUGAAGUUGAGAAGAUCACCUAAAUAUAACAAAGAUGGCUCCUCAACUUUAAGAUUAUACUGUACAAAAAUGUAAUAACCCAAUAGCAAGGGCUAAAAUUAGCAACAAAAUAGUUAGAAUUAAAACUAAAAGGCUAAAGCAGAGUCUUGCUAAUUUGCAAUUUCAUUUCGAUUUGAUCCAUAGAAUUUGAUAUGGCUUGUUUAUGAUUAAUUUGAUGCCUAUAAAUUCUCUCAUAAUCAUGCAAUCCAAGUUUUUGAUCUGUCUAACAUAAGACCUGUUUAGACACUUCCUGAUCAAUCAAAGUUAAAUCUUUUGGUGAAAAAGGAAUAAUUAACUUAAGAAAAUUAGGCUGAAGAUGAUACUCCAGUGAAAGAAAUAGUAAAUGAUUCACCUUAGUUUGAUUUAAAAAAGCUGCUUUUAAAUUAUCGAGGCAUGAUCUAACAACUCAAUAAAAUUGACGAGAGUAUUAAGUGA